AUGCCAGCUUUGAUAAACAUUUCCGUCCUCCCCCUUAGCGACGACAGGGCUUUGUGUGAAAUCUCGUUCCCUGCUCUCCCGACCAUGAUAAGGGCAUUGCCGGCAGACUACAUCUCCAUCACGGUCACAUGUAGUCCCGUCAGAAAGAUAAAGCUGGUGAUAAGAGGCACCACAGACUUUGAUCUUCUCGGUGCAUCCUCUAGCAAUACAUGUUCUCCUGAUAUGCACACUAUUGUAAUGAUCACACGCUACUCCACUGGCAAUGAAGGUGCCUUAAAGAUGAAAGAUGCGAUUCGCCCAGAUGCGCAGGCUGCACGGGCCAUGUAUGAGCGAGGAUACCGAACGUGGUCUAGUCUUUUGAAGCGCGCGGUGUCUGGCGACAAUCGGCUCCUCGAGGACUGCUUGUCUCAUCUUGAAGCCAGGUUUUCCAACCACCAUCCGCACUUCCCGGGAAAUCUUGAGAUUGGCAAUUCCUCAAGAAAUGCUGCCUCCGCUAAGGGGAAGUCGUCAUGGGCUGCCGCGAAUGACUUGGAUCAUUUGCCGCCUUUCGAACAUGAGGCUAUCUUUCGGGUCGCUUGGGAUAAGCCCACACCGACUAUCUUGACUUCGGAUUCACGACGCACGACAACAACCCUCCCGGAUAUCUUUGGCACGGAAAGCAGUCACAUUCCGGUACUUCUGCUGGCCUGGGCAUAUAUUCUCGCUGCACGGUGGGCGGAGCUCAUCCCGUCAUCGCAUCUCUCCCAGCAUCCAAGUCAACCAACCCACCAGCCCAACGAAAACGGGCCAAUGCCAUCACCAAGGAACAGAGACCCCAUCACAGUUCAUGUUGGCGAGGUUGACGAGGAUGCGGCUCGCUGGUGGAAUACACUUCUGUCGGGCGAGGGUUGUUGGAAAGCCACCAUGCGCAAUUCCAGGGGAGAUAUUCUUUAUUCGCCGUGGUCCACCAGACUUGUCUCAGAGCAGCCCUUCCUUAUCCCGGCAAAGAUCAAAGCGAUAGGUUCGGCUUCAAGUCAUUCUUCUCUGGCUACCUCAAACACUGCACACCGGUAUCUAUCAGAAUACUGCCGCUUUCACAGCAUUAAUGACCAGAAGCAGGCAGCCCUCGCUGCCGCCCUGCUGAUUCCAGUCGCCAAGUUCGACUAUCGACCAAUUGAACUGGCCAUGCCGAAUUUCCCCCAGUGUGCGGACCAAAGAGACAGCCAAGACGCCUUAGUCAUGAUGGAAAAUCCCCAGCUUGAUAGGCUAUUAGCGCUGAGUUGUAACCCAAGGGGUUCUAAGGCGCUCCUCACUAGCAUCUUCUUCGAGCCUGACGUGACGAGUAAUAUCUGCGGCAUGUGGCUACGAGGCUCAUUCGCACUUCUGAACUCAGUUCAGGAUCCGCAUAUUCUUCUGAAGACUCUGAUGGAGCGCGAUCCAGGCUUAGGGGGGUUAUGGGUUGGCGCGUUUAUCACUGGAGCCUACAGACAGUGCCUGCAAGAUGGCCGAGCAGCUUGGUGGAAGAUUGAUCUUAAUGCAGCGGCUUGGACUGAGACGUACAUGUCUUUUAUCCAAACGCCAGUUCCUGCUGCACCCGGGGCACGCCGAAUCUCACGUGCUGACGAAUGCCGACUAUUGUAUCUCUGUCGCGGUUUAGAUCACUACUCGAUACCACCUCUCUUCCCAUUUGCCCCGUUUGGCUCUACUGCACUGGUAGAUACGAAUCUGGACGUUCGAGAGCACGCACUAUGUGGGAGAAGCCAUUCCCUUGGAUAUACUGGGUUUACGUGGCUCUGCCAGGACGGCGAGAUGCUAGAGCAAGGCAAGCGGGAUAUGCCGUUGACGACGUUGCGCCCAAAGUGUGGUGAAGUGGUAGAUUGUGGCGAUGUUGACCAUGAUGAUUUCGACUCGGAAGACGAGAAUUCGGAAAUGGUGACUCGAAAUAUCUUCACCUGGCUGCGUGAACAGGAUGGAUUCCCUAUCGCAGAGCGCGCCAUCCGUGAGCAUGAGUGGAUUGAUAACCUGGAGGAUGACGAUGAUUCUUUCAAGGAAGGGGAAGCUCGGUCUACCGUAGGAGAAAGGCUUGGUGGGUGGCUUUUAAAAACGUCGACUCAAAGAUCAUACUCGCUAUAG